AUGUGGGCAUAUUUGAACAACACAAUAUUGAAAGAACAAUGCCUUUUUGAUAGAGUAAUGAGAUGGGUUUAUUUUGUACAAGAUAUAUUUUUGUUAACAUGUCUGGUUAAAUUCUUUGGGAUUAUUUCGGUCAGAUUUGAGUUUUUUCUUUCGUUUUGUAUUUUAUUUUUCCAUACUUUCUCCUUACAUCACGCUAAUUAUCAUUUCAUGUUUCGUAGAUUUCCGUGGAUUUUUGAUGUUUUUGUUUUGUGUUUCGUUUAUGAAUGCUUUUUUUGCUUUUAUUGUUUCGUAAACAUUUUCCCCUUCGUUAUCGUUUCACAUAUUGUUUUUAGAAUUUAA